UGUGUUUGUGAGAGAUCCGCCACGACGGGAGUGGGAGCGGGGAGCAGGAGCAGGAGCGGAGCAGAUUGCGUAAUCAAUUAAUUAAUUAAUUAAUUAGUUAAUUAGAUGCUUGGGGGAGAUUGCAUCAUGCGGGUGUUGAUUGCGCGAUUUAAUCUCAUUUGCUGAGGGCAGAAAAAGUGUAUUGAAAGGGAUCAGGUGUUUUUGGCCACUGCUUAUCUUGAUCAAUUAAUUAAUUAUAUAUAAUUAAUAACGAUUUUGUUAUAAGGAGAAGUGCACAGUUCAGUUAAAUCAUAUUUUCAUUUACUAGCUGACUUUUUGAGUGAUGGAUUCGGCAGAGAACGGGUAUUUAACACACUCGGCAGAGGCGGGCAGAUUAACAGCCAGGGGGUCACCUAAUGAAAGCACGAAUAAUAAAGAUGACAAUGAAUCGAACGAAGAGCACGUGACAGCGAACGGUGUUUCAUCUGACUGCCUGUUUUGUGGAAAACGUAUCCCCAGAAAUCGCGUGACAUUCAUAGCGCAAAUAAUUGCUGUGUACCUUAUCAUAAUAGUAGCAGCGGUAAACCUGUCGUUCGGCAAUGGUUCGGACAAGGAACUCUGGAUCGUGCUGCUGAGCUCUGCGGUCGGAUACGUUCUACCAAAUCCAGGACUUAAGUACAACGAAAACAAACUGUUUGUGCGAAGGGAAAAUGCCCAAGAAGGUUAGGGAGUCGGACUCAAAAGUGGAGUAUCUAAGGCGGAUUUACACAGAUCCGUCUCAUCCGGCAAGCUUCAGCGGACCCGGAAGACUAAAGAGGGAGGUAGAGCGUGAGGGGAAGUACGAUUUAAGCAAGUCCGAGAUUCGAUCCUUUCUAGAAUCACAAGACACUUACAGUUUAAACAGGCUUGUUCAAAGGCGUCACAAGAGAAACAGAAUAGUAGUCAGUGGGGUGAAACAACAAUACGACAUGGACCUCUGCGACAUGUCAAAGCUUAGUCGUUACCGUGGCAACAAGGGGACAAAAUUCCUGCUCACUGUGAUAGAUGUGUUCAGCAGACGGGCGUUUGUGAAACCUCUGGGUAACAAAGGAGCCACAACUGUAGCCAAAGCGUUAGGCGAAAUUCUAACAGACGACAAUUUGCCGGUGCGGGUAAGGUCUGACAGGGGGACGGAGUUCACAUCAAGCAAAGUGAAUGAUCUUCUGCGCGAACGGGGCGUGAAGCAUUUCUACUCCAUGAGCGAUCUCAAGUGUCAGCCAGUUGAAAGACUGAACCAAACACUGAAAAAUGCCAUAUACAGGUGGUGCUACGAGCACAGGUCAUAUUCUUAUGUGCCAGUGCUGGACGAACUGGUCUACGGCUACAACCAUCGCGUCCACUCGGCCUUGUUUGGUCUAAGUCCAAGCCAGGUGGACGAAUCCAACCAGGUGAAACUUUGGAACUUGAUGUACACUAAAAAAGAGGGCAAAAACCGGACUUCCGGUGUUCCCAGAUCAUUUAAGUACAACAUUGGCGACUCGGUUAGGAUAAGUCUUGCAAAGAGGACUUUUGAGCGCUCAUACAGUCAAAAGUUUACAGAUGAAGUGUUUCUUAUCAGGGGCCGGGUUUUAAGGGACAACAUACCGAUUUACUUUUUGAUGGACAUAGAGCAGGAGCCAAUCAGAGGCACGUUUUACGAAACAGACAUUCAACGUGUUCAAAAAAAUUUGCAAGACCCCAGAGACUGGGAGAUCGAUAAAAUUCUCAGGAGGAGAAAAGUAGGAAAAAGACAGGAAGUGCUUGUUCGCUUUCGUGGACUGGGACCUAAGUUCGACCGCUGGAUUCCUAGGUCAGCUACUGGAGCGAAAGGGGUGCAUUAGAAGAAGAACAAAUGGAACAGUUUCACGUGGACAUAUGCAGUGAAAACUCUGUGAAGUUAUUUCCGGACAACAAUGGUUGCGAUUUCUGGGUCGGGCUCGACGAAACUUUGGUGCUGAGAAGUGCACGUUGGCGAGUUGCACUCGUAGGUCUGACUGUGGAGAGCGGAAGUGAAAAUGGCGCGAGUCUGAGAGGACAAGACGUGUACCUGUGUUCAAAUCUUGUGGAUUUUUCAGUACUCGGGGGCAAAAAAUCCCAGCUUCUCAGGAGGGUCAAUCUAGGACACGGCCUUGAAACUGGAGAGGGGGGUGUCGUGUUUUCAGUGGACACCGUAGAAAACUAUUCAUUUUACAAAAGAGUACAACAGCAGGAGAUAAAAAACGUGCACAUAUUUGCUCUGACAAAAUCUGGUGAGAAAUUUGAAGACCUCGCCGGGGGCAUUUUGAGCGUAACAUUACACUUCAAAAGCAGCGUGGCGUCUACAGUGUAUUGAAUACACGGCAGUGGGCGGGCUUUAAUGCAGCCAAUUGAGACCAAUUAAUCUACAGAUUGAUAGAAAGAUAAUAUCUGUUAUGACCUUUCUGCACUGAAACUAGUCUGUUACCGACCACGGGUGAAAACAUCAUGAAUUAUCAUUCGGAACAGAGUGCCAGGCAACUGUACAUUCCGGACUUCAAAGCUUGGGAAAAUAUAUAUCAGAGGAGACUACCAAAGAAGUCCGCUGCGUCGGACAAACCAAAGGCAAUCGUGAAGGGAGGCUCCGGGGAGGUCAAGCUGCAGUUCGUGAGUCCAGUCGAGGAAACUGUUGACCAGGCUAGAAGCGAAGUUGAAAGCGGUGGGGACAUCUUCCAGGCGCCAAAAUCGGGGCCCGCGCAAUCUCAGAAAUCAGUGCCGUCGGCAAACGUCAAAGUUAAGGGCGUCAAAAGACAGAAGAAACAACAGUCUGGUGGCAGUAAAUCUAAACAGAAAUUCAGUUACAGGACGUUAAACGAUAUCUUCAGUAAAUCUCGCUGAGGACAAUGUCUGUUCUCUCUCCUUUAAGUGACAAUGAGACAGCUCCUAGCAGCUUGGACAUAUUUCAAGUUUAUCCGAAUCAAGUUGCAGUUCAGAAAUCCGAACUGGAGGACAUACGACCAGUAAGCCAGUACAACGGUGUGGACGCGCCACUGGAAUUCGAAACUUCACUUCAGGGGGACACUUACUGCGACAUGAAAUCAAGUAAGCUUUUCCUAAAGGUCAGAAUUGUAGGGGCUGAUGGCAGCUCCCUGGCGGACACCGCUAAAGUGACUCCUUGUGACAUGUUCUUUCACGCCAUGUUCAAGAAAGUUGACGUCUACAUGAACCGGAACCUGAUCAGUUCAACCGGAGACCUGUAUCCGUAUAAAGCCUACUUCAACAAGCUGUUCCGGCACAAUUCCAGUAAAUCGGGCCACACUUCGGCAGAAUCCGAACUGUUCUUGCGUCAGGACGGCGGAUUGCCCGGAUCGACCAACCCUAACGGCGGGAAUUAUGGAGUGUUCCUGCGACAUAACUUAGGGCGAGGCUCCCGGCAGUUCGACAUGGUAGGCCUGCCGUUAAACGACAUUCUGGAACUUGACCGCUAUCUUAUAAACGGGAUACACCUGAGACUGGUGCUACACAGAAGCAGUUCGGAAUUCUGUCUCCUUAGUGACGAAGACGACAAUGGGCGAGGUUACACUGUGCAGAUACACGACGCAUACCUUCGACUAUGCAAGAUGAAACUCAAUCCUGCCAUUCUACUGGCCCACUCAAAGAUGCUUAAAACAGUGACAGCUUGUUACCCGUUCAUACGCACGGAAACUAAGUGCGCCAACAUAGCCCGAGGCCAGAGCACUUUCUCCUGGGACCAUAUCAACUCUUCGUACCUGCCAAAGUUUGUGAUCGUGGCGUUUGUUGAAAGCGAAUCUGUUCUGGGAUCUUUGAAAAAGAAUCCCUUCAACAUGGAACAUUUUGACGUGCGUCAGCUCAGUCUGCUCGUCAACGGAGUUGCGUGCGCAGGUAAUCCCAUUAACGUUAAUUACGGUGAAGGUCAGGUAAUGGAAGUUUUCAAUAGGAUAUACGGCUAUGACAGAGGCAUUCCGAACGUGAACGCACUCGGGGGCAUUAGUGGGAAAGAUCGUGGUCACGUGGGAAUCAGCAGGGAGGCCAUAUCGAAAGGGAAGGCGGUGUAUGUAUUUGAUCUUGCUCCCGUGAUAAAUGAAGAUUUUCAUUUCGAGCUUUUGAACACUGGAACACUGUCGCUGCACGUGAAAUUUGGUAGUUCUCUAGCACAGAAUGUCACGUGCAUACUGUACGCAGAAUUUGAUUCAUUGUUACUUAUAGACGAACCGAGGUCUUGUAAGGUAGUGUAGGUACAGAUUCAUUUGAUAAACAAGUGACUGACUGACUGACCGGUUGUGAAACACACUGCGGGGAAUCACGUGAUCAAAGUAAUCUCUGAACCAAAAUAAGUUUACCAAAAAAAUACGGGAAAAUAUUUAAGCAACUUUUGCUGUAAAUCUAAGAAAAAUGCAGUCUAUACUCAAACUGAGAUUCAUUAUUUUCCUAAACUUUUUGUAAUUAAACGAUAUCUAUUUAUCUAUCUAUAUAUCUAUCUAUCUAUCUAUCUCAUCAUAAUAAUUUAACGGUAAUUUUCAGUUGUCAUAUGUUAGGCUAUGUUUAAAUUUCAUAUCUUAUCAUGGUAGGAUAACUUUGGUUGUUAAAAAUCAUUUCGAUCAUGUGAUUCUCUACACUGCAUUUGGUAGGCAUUUGAAAAAAAAAAAAAAAAGCUUUCCAGACACGUGAAAUGUCAGGCGAAGAAAAAAAACGGUCUGAGAUUUAACACGUUUAUUUACACAACACAGUUUCCAAAGCACUUAAUUAUUGGCAUAGCAAAACAUUGAAAGAGAAACAUGUAUAUAUAGUUUUUUGUUUAUGCAUUCAUUCAUUUAUUUAUUCAUAAUAAAUGCUGACUCAUGUUUCUGUAA